AUGACAAAUCACUCAGUGGUGACUGACUUUAUCCUGCUGGGCAUCCUGCACACAGAAGGUCUGGAGACCAUGCUCUUUGUCCUGUUUUUGUCUUUCUACCUCUUCACCCUGAUGGGGAACCUGCUCAUUCUACUUGCAAUUAUCUCCUCUACUUGGCUUCACACUCUCAUGUACUUCUUUCUGUGCAAGCUAUCUGUUUUUGACAUAUUUUUUCCUUCAGUGAGCUCCCCCAAGAUGCUAUUCUACCUCUCAGGGAAUAGCUGAGCUAUCUCCUAUGCAGGCUGUGUGUCCCAGCUCUUCUUUUACCACUUCCUGGGCUGCACUGAGUGUUUCCUGCACGCUGUGAUGCCCUAUGACCACUUUGUGGCCAUAUGUUACCCUCUGCGCUACACAGUCAUCAUGAGUCACAGCGUGUUUGCCAUCCUGGCCUUGGGGACUUCAUUUUUUGGCUGUAUUCAGGCCACCUUUCUAACCACUCUCACCUUCCAGUUGUCCUACUGUGGUCUUAAUGAGGUGGACUAUUACUUUUGUGAUAUCCCAGUGAUGCUAAAGCUGGCCUGUGCAGAUAUCUCAGCCCUGGAGAUGGUGGGGUUCAUCAGUGUAGGCCUCAUGCCCCUCAGCUGCUUCCUUCUCAUUCUCACCUCCUACAACUGCAUUUUCUACUCCAUCUUGCAGAUUCACUCUGCAGAGGGUCGACACCGUGCCUUCUCCACCUGCAGUGCCCACCUCACUGCCAUCUUUCUUUUCUAUAUGCCAGUGGUCCUCAUCUACCUGCAGCCCACCCCCAGCCUCUGGCUUAAUGCAACUGCUCAGGUCUUGAACAACCUGGUCACCCCCAUGUUGAACCCCUUGAUCUACAGCCUCUGGAACAAGGAGGUGAAAUCAUCUCUAAGGAAGAUCCUAUAUCAUUUGGGCUUCCUUCCUGAACACCUGUAG